CAACCCAAUGUAAGCAGAGAUAGAGAGUAGAGCAGUUGAAUCAAAGCAGAGAACCAGCAAAGAUCAAGUCUUCUUUUGAGUUAUUUUCAGAAUGAGGUUGUCGUUGAGACAGUGGGUUGCGAGUGUGCUUGUGCUAACACAGCUUGUACAUGGAGCUCUAUGUUGGGGGAAAGAUGGUCAUUACACUGUCUGCAAAAUAGCCGAGGGAUACUUUGAGGAAGAAACUGUAGCUUCAGUGAAGAAACUUCUCCCUGAAUCUUCUCAAGGAGGAGGAGAUCUAGCAUCUUUUUGCUCAUGGCCUGAUGAAAUUAAACACCUCUCGCAAUGGCAAUGGACUAGCUCUUUGCAUUAUGUUAACACACCUGAAUACAGAUGCAACUACCAAUACUGUCGGGACUGCCACGACAGUCAUAUGAAAAAGGACUGGUGUGUGACAGGAGCAAUCUUCAAUUACACAAGGCAACUUAUAUCUGCUUCUGUAAACUCAGAGAGUUUAGUCCAUUAUAACUUGACAGAGGCUCUCAUGUUCUUAUCACACUAUAUGGGAGAUGUCCAUCAGCCACUGCAUACUGGUUUUCGUGGAGAUCAAGGUGGUAACACAAUAAUAGUCCACUGGUACAAUCUCAAAACAAAUUUACACAAUGUAUGGGAUGACUUGAUUAUUGAAUCUGCUCUCAAACAAUAUUACAAUUCAAGUCUUCCAGUCAUGAUUCAAGCCCUACAAGCCAAACUCAUGAAUGGCUGGUCAAAUGAUGUUCCAUCGUGGAAGUCCUGCCAAUUUAACCAAACAGCAUGUCCAAAUCAGUAUGCAUCUGAAAGCAUAGAUCUUGCCUGCAAGUAUGCUUAUAGGAAUGCCACCCCAGGAACUACUAUAGGAGAUGAGUAUUUUCUCUCUCGGUUACCCAUUGUUGAGAAAAGACUUGCGCAAGGCGGGAUUCGCCUGGCGGCAAUUAUUAACCGUAUCUUUUCUGCAAAAACAAAGCUGGCCGGAGCAUGAAAGCUAAGAUAAAAGUUUCCUGGAAAACCACACGUUAUCGUUGUGUGUCCACCCAACUUACAACACUCUUUUUUUUCCAAAUUUCAAGCCCUAAACCAAGUUUAUAGAGAUGCAAUCUUUUUUCAACUUUAAGCAUGAAACCAAAGUGUUUGGCCUAGUGCUAGUAGUACAAGA